GCUCAAAGCACGAUGUGCCACGAUCUACUCUUCAGGCCCUUCCGCACGCACAGUACUGAAUCUGGUACGUGCGCCGGUCAAUGCUGCCUCCGAAAUGGGACAGCUUUCCGAAUAAGAACGACGCCAUGUGCGCGUGGGCACUUUGGGCGAUCUUGGCUCUGGUAUUUCUCUGCUAUGUCGUCGUGAGCACCAUGAGCUACGUUGAUGGCCUUUACCUACCGGAGGAUGAGGACGUCUUCUCCGCAGAGCUGCAGCUGCCGCCGGUGUGGCUGCAGCUUUGUGACCUGCUGCCGCUGCAGGCGGCGCUCAACUACUCGCUGCUGGAUCAUUUGAUCGUUCAAGGCCGAUUGAACUAUGUGAUGCCCAACGGCACGGAGAUCCUAAGCCACAUGCCCUUCAACACCUCCGCUGCGGCCGUCUACAAGCGCCAGAAUUUCCACUGCAAGCGCUUCGCGAUCACAAGCAAAGUGCCCAUGGAGGCCAUCAUGCCGUACUUCAUCUUUUUCGUGGGUAUUCAGGAGCCCUUCCACCCCAAGCUGUCGGAGUACGAGGGGUUCUACAGCAAGGGCCUCUUCUUUGGCCCUUCCUUGGCCCACGACCCGGUCAAUGACUUCGCCAGUAAGGAGGAGAACCUGGUGAAGACGUGGGUCCCCAGCACGCGUUUGCCUGGGCAGCGGAACGUGGUGCUCAACGCCGUGCCCUCCCGCGCCAUGUGGAUCGACUCCAUGGGCGGCCGGCAAGGUGCUCCUUGUGACGACACCUUCUUCUUCGCAGAUGUGAGCAUGGUGGCAGAUGCCAUCACUCAGCCUGAGGAUGCGCGAAGGUACACGAAUGUCAGCAUCAAUUCGCGCCCCACCCUGCGGCUGGUGGUUCCAGUCGCACACCAAGAAGUUAUCACCUGGAGCUUCAAGAACGACAUCCUGGCCGACACGCUGGCUUGGCUCGGGAAGCUCGCGUCUGCCACGGUGAUCUUCAAGCUCUUGACCGCGGUCUUUCCAUCGGCCCGGCAGAAGAGGUACCACCUUUUGAUGCACCUGCCCUGCCUCGGUCUUGGCACUGAAGAAGAGGAUGAGCCUCUCCUCAAGCGCGAAGGUGACCCCUGAGGCUGGUUGAUUGCUGUCCAUGACCAGCCUUCAGGAACGUCAGCCUGGUGUGCUUGCUUGACGCAAGUGGUGACUUGGUCAAGGCUUGCUAAAUGUGUCCUCAAGCAAGGG